AUGCGUCACCAUGUUUUGAGUUUCAGCGCGUUAGAGAAACACGGAAGUGAAGUGUGUUCAUAUUAACAGGUUUAACGAUGGAAAUUAAUGUUAAUGUCAGUUUAAUGAUCACGUAUGAGGACGAAUCAGUGGAUGUUCGUUACAGUAACGGAGCUCAGUUACAGCUGUCACCGUGUGGAAGUGAAUUCAUGCUGGUUAAACCCAGAGACCCCUCCAGACAUCCUCUACAGCCCCCCGAGAGGGUCCGAGGGAGGACGAGGUUCACUAUCAGCGACUAUAAGGUACACUGAGAGGAAUAAAACACUAAUAAAACACUCAUUUAACUGUGUCAUUGUUUAUAAAUGACACUGAGGAGAAUAAAACACUAAUUUAACUCUGUCAGCGACUAUAAGGUGCUCUGGGAAAAAUAAAACACUCAUUUAACUGUCAGUUUUUUCUACCUAAGUAUAAUAAUGUCAAAGUGAAGACUCUGCUGAGGAGGAUAGAGGACGCUGAAGUUAUUAUUUUACUCACAGUUACUUAUUCAGCUGUGAAUUAAAGCUCCUGUAAGGAUUUUUCAUUGUUAUAAAACAGACUGAAAUUAACAGUGAAACAUCUCUAUGAUGCUCAAACGCAAAUAAAACCAUUAACAACUAGAUUGACUAUUUUUGUGUAGUAAUUUUUAACGCCUGUUGUUGCUGUGAGGGGGGAGGUAUGUAUAUAUCCACAAUGAGAGAUAAACUUGAUUGUAAAAAGGCAAUAAGAGGAGAUUAAGUAGAUUAACACGACACUUACAAGGACAGGACAAAGUCUACAAUAAUGAGCAGGGCUACCACUUAAAGGGAUAUUCUGGCGUAAAAUUAAAUUAGGGUCAAACCCACCGUAACACCGAGUUAGACCCCCCCUCCAGAGAUGAAUGUUGCCGACCGCUUGCUUCUCUAGUUAUACCAACUUUAGUAACGACCGCAGGAUAGAAAUACACAGCGGUCUGAGGAGCCAUAAACCUCAACCAAAACGCCACUCUAUAGCCACAAAUAAUGCUCAGAACAGCACCUAACUUCAUCAACAGGACAUAUAGGGUCACAGACAUAGUACUAGACACCAAACAUCUUUUUAACUUUGACUCAUUUCUUUAACAAAGAGACUAAACACAACUCACCUACUCUCUUCCAGCAGCCGCUUGUUUGUAGUGAGACCUCAGGCCAGUCCAUUAUGGACUACAGCGGGGUGCCGCAGCUCAAGGAAGAACAUUUAUGAUCAUUUCUUUAUCAUUUCCUUGAAGUAAUAAUCACCAUAUUAAUCAUUUUGCACUGCAGACGCGGUAGUUCUUCUGUCUUAGCGUCUCGGUCUGAUUGUAUUUCUGAUUUGUAUUUCUCCGACUUUAUAAUACAGUAGGGAGAUGUUCUGAGUAUUGUGGGUCUUAAUCAGAACCCAAACAGACCUGUCAGGUCUGGACUUAGUUAUUGUAGAGAACCUACAGACAUCUUGAAAACACAGUUCCAGAUUUGUAAAGUCUUUGUUCCUCAGUCAUGGACACGUGGUCUGCCCCCCUGUGGUCACCAGAGUGAAAUACAAUCAUCAGAUUUCAAUAAAGAUGGGGGCAAAGUCAACUUUAAUCUCAAACCCAGUCUUGGUUUUAAGACGUUAAGUUAGUAUAUCAGGGAUCAUUGAUUGUGCAGGUGGUAGAGACUGGGCUAAUGUUAGUAAAUAACGUGUAAUUUAACCUCCCAAAUAUAUGCAGUGGAGCUAAGAGCAACAGUUUACAUAAAGAAAUACACAGUGCCCUAAAGUUGUAGUCAUACUUCAGGUGUAAAUAAACACUUUCAUCACUUCUGUUUCAUUUCUAUGUCACUCCUCAGGAGCUGUUGUUGGCUGCAUUAACAUUUAGAAACACAUAUGCAAGCCGACCAUAUCUGCCAGAGGAGCUCGUCCCUCCUGAACACAGACAGGUAAGAAGAUCGGUUUUUUUUGGCUCACAGGUUAAACCUUGUGUUGUAUCUCCAUCUUUGUGUGUUUCUCUCUCGCAGCCUUUUUUCAGCGUCGACUCAGCCGUACGGUGGCCUGAGAGGUCGUCCUGCGUCGCUGAGCCCGGUGCCAGAGGAGCGAUCAUCGUUAAGUCUGAGGAGGGACGAGCCGUGUUGAUCCUGUCCCCCUCAGGUAAAGAAUUCUCUGUCCAGUUCACCUGCAACCUCAGUCAGAAUAAAAACCAGCUCUGCAGCUCUGAAAGCAGCCCAGGCCGUGAAGCAGGUGAUCUGAUCCAUCUGAGCAGCAACGAUGAGACCAAAGACGUGGAUCACAGCAGAGGAAGCAGGAGAGAUGAGCCAAUCAGAUCAAGGUCUCUCUCACCCGGGACUACAAGCACAGCUCAGUCAAAGGUAAUGCUCCUUAAUGAUACUUCUCUACCUGAAUCCAAACUUUGACUGAAUAAUUUACUCUCCUCCACAGCCAGAGGAGAUGUUUCAGUCCACUACAGUCAUCCAACAUCACUCCACCUCUGAGCCCGACCCUGUUUGGUUUUACCCUCUCUCCUUGGCUCGUCUCUCUACACCUGGAGAAGACGGAGCAGACGGGGAAAGAGGGAGCAAUCUCCUCCAAAAAUCUGAUGCUUCAAACAUUCAGAGAAGCUCCCAGCUUCCUCAGGCGCUGCCUCUCACAUGUUCUGCGCCUCACUGGCACAGGUGAGGAUUAUUCAUAAAACACAUCAGACGUGUUGAACACUGUUCAGCCAUGCUCACUGACUGAUUUCAGCUCCUUUAUGUAUGUUUUAAAGGUGGAAGAUCAAAGAUCCACUCGCUGGAAAAGAUCACUUAGAUCAAGAUCUUCCCACAGAGCUGGUAAAGGUGAUGUGGUGUCAGGGAGUCACAUACAGGUAGGUGUGCAGGCACUGAGGGUUUCAACACUAAUAACACUUACACUGCAGGAUGAAAGGCUUAGUGCUGGAUGUACGAUGAAGUCCUUCACGUCUACAUUUGGACUAACUUCAUAAAUCACUUUGUUGUAACUGUGUUCACCUGAAUGCUCCUCCUGCAGGAUCCUGAGCGGGGCCGUCUCAGUCGUCGAGGUUUCUCCUGGCGAUGGAUCAGUCAUGUGCUCGAACGGCGUUCUCAGCUCUUAUUUCACUCAUCACAAACCGGAUCCUCAGUCAGGGCAGGUACGCUGUAGAACAUCCUGAAAUAAUUGAGGCGCUCUGCAUCUUCCACUGAAGCCCACUGAAGUGAACAUGUCCCACAGGUGAAAGAGAUAACCUACCAUCUGGACAACCUUCCACCUGACGCACCAGGACAGCUGUACUCUGUCCGCUCUGUGGUGAGCCGUGCGAGCAGGUCGGUCACCACCUCCUCAGGGUCGAUCUAACAGUUUAAUCUCGUCACUCUUGACCAUCGUGUUUCUGUUUCACAGGAUCCUGACCUGCUACAACGAGGUCAAAGAGUCAAGUAAACUUCCUGUAACACCCAGCUGCCUGCACCAUGAGAAAGUAGCUCUCAUUGAUUUGGUAUCAGAGUCUGAUCUCUGCGUUAUUCACACAGGAUUGAAGCCCCUGAACUGAUCAUGACUCUGAUUUCAGGGUGGAUGUUUUUCUGAAGCUGCGAUGAUUGAAGGAAAUCCUGUGUCUGCUGAGCAGCGUGUGGAUGUCACACGUUCGUUUGAAAGCCGGUCAGUUGAAUUUAUUCCUAGUUUUUAUUUCACAGACAGUUAAAUACUUCAUUUAAAGGCCUGUGUGUGAUUUCCUGUUUUUAAACUCAGGUCCGAUCUUGUAGCUGCAGAGCUGGAGAAGAUCAGACGCUUCAACUGUAUCCUUAAACUCUGAGAUGGUCACAUCGAGGGGGUUGCUGGGAAUAUAAUCUAAUAUGAUGUGGGUUGGUUGUCAUAGUUACAUGGAUGAUAUUGAGCAUGCUCUUUAACUUGUUUGUACCCAGUUCUGCUGGAGAACAGCUCCCUGCUAAGACAUGAGAAAAAACCCAGAGCAGAGGGGUUCAGCUCUGCAGAGGAUGUGACUCAUGAGUCAGUGAGUGAAAACUGCAUCGCUGAAGCUCUAGAGAGGACGUCUAAAGCCAUACAGGACAUCGACGCUCUCAUAUCUGCAGCCACAUAUACUUGAAAGGAGGAGAGAGUUUAAAACAACAAAAUCAUGAAGUAAAGACUGAACUACUGAGAUAAAAAAACAUGAAACUGUUGAACUUUUGUAAAGUGAAGUCCUCCAGUUCGAGAGUUUUUUAGGUGUCUGCGUGACUUCACUGCCGCCUUCCUGUCAGGAUUAAAGAUAAGAGCUUUGGUAACACCUGAACAUUUCCUCCCAACACUCGUGAUAUUCUGCGGUUCAGAUGUUAAAGAUGUGGCUUAUAAAAAAGUUUCACUCUCUUCAGGUUUGGAGCUUCAUGCUCAUCUUUACUCAAAGACGCCAAACCAGAGAGCUGGGUGUCAGCGUGGUCCUGAAAGGUUUAAAAAUCCAUGUUUAAAGUUAAUUAACUCAGUGACAAACUGAUCGUUAGAAAAAUCGAACAAGGCUUCGGUUUUCCCCGAUCAAGUUUCAAAAAUAACAGCCUCAGUUUAAAGUUCACUCACAAGUACAAGAACUUUUUUUCCUCCACGGAUAACAGAAGAGAAAAACUUUAGUAUUCUCCUAAAAAGUUAACUGUCAAGUUAUUUUUCUGUUUUUAUUUAUUCUCUAAUUCUGUCAGUUUCCAAUGAUUUUGCUCAAUAUAAAUAAAUGUAUUUUUUUUUAAUUAAUUUUGUGUAAAUAAACUUAUAAAUACAUCUGCA